AUGCAGAUCAUGAAGGUAUCUGAGAUCAGUUUCGUCUUGGCAGUUGCCGCUGGUGCCUUGGCCUUGCCGGCGCAAGGAGAAAAUUCACUCAUGGCUCGUAAAUCUGGAGGGGAGAUGGCAAAGGGUGACGGCGAUCCGGUUGUGGACUACGUCAUUCCAAUCGACAAGCGCGACAAAGACCCGGUUGUGGACUACGUCAUUCCAAUUGACAAGCGCGAUGACGACCCGGUUGUGGACUAUGUUAUACCUAUCGACAAGCGCAAUGAGGGCCCUGUUGUGGAUUACGUCAUUCCAAUCGACAAGCGCGACGAAGACCCGGUUGUGGACUAUGUAAUCCCCAUUGACAAAUGA